AAUAUUGGUCCACAACAGUCCGAAAAAACAACAAACUUUACAUGGUUUUAUUAUAAAAUUAGCUUAAAUUUUUUCUUUGAAAACCACAUUUUGACUUUCUGAGGACGCUGAUUGACACAAUCCCAAGUUAAAAACAUUAUUGAUGAUUUCAAAAAUAUGCAUCUUUUUCAAGAACUUGUUUUUAAUGUUUAUACUGACUAAUAAAGCCGAAAAUAUAACGAAAUAUCAAAAUAUUGAUACCACUUCGACAUCAUCAAAUUCAAGUCUAGAACAAACACUUGUUACAAAAACGUUUAACGUUUAUUCAAGCAAGAGUAAUACCAGCUCAAAUAACUCAAAAAAAACAAUUAAAUUUGGAGCCCUACUUCCGUUUAAUACAAACCAUGAUCAGUAUAACUAUGCAUCUGCUUUAAGAGUUGCAGCUAAUCUAAUUAAUAAAAAUCAAAACAUUUUGGCAAAUUAUAACAUUCAAGUUGAAGCUUUGGAAACUGCGGGCAUAACAGGUUUUGCAUUGGUAAAGCUUUUUAACCUUUUGGAGAGGGAAUCAAAAGUUGCAAUUAUAGGACCAACAAAUACAAAACAAGUCAUGAUUACGUCUAAAUUAUGCUCCAAAAGAAACAUACUGCAGAUAUCUUUUUCUGCCAAUGAUCCGAUGCUAGGAGAUAAAUAUCAAUUUCCUACAUUAUUUAGAAGUAAUCCUGAUAGAAUGUCUAUUAACUUAGCACAAAUAAGUUUAUUCAAAUACAAUGGUUGGAAAAGAACAGCUAUUCUUUAUGACUUAGAAGAUCAGGUUAUUUUUCAGACAUCUCAAGAACUAUAUCAACUCAUGAUUACUAAUAGUAUUAAUGUUACUUUUGAAUCAUUUGCAAGUUCUCAUUUAUCACCAUCUUAUAACAUCAUAAGAGAGAAAAUAAAAUUAUUUAAGGCAUUAGAUAUUCGAAUCAUUAUGUUAGGAGCAAAAGCAGCAAGUCUAAAGUACAUUUUUUGUCAAGCUUACAGUCAAAAUAUGACAGGUCCAAAAUAUCAAUGGAUUGUUUUCUUUGAAGAUGUAUUUAGUGAUUGGUACAGUUCAAAAAAUCUUCGCAACAUAAAUUGUACAUCUGAUCAACUUAUUAUCGCUAGUAAAGGAUUCAUAUACUUAAAAUUUCACCCCUUAAGAAAAGAUGGUGUUAUCACAAUUGCUGAUAAAACAGCAGACGAAAUAUGGCAACUUGUUAAAGAGCAAGUAAACUCUUUAUAUCGUGUACCACCAAAAUCAAUUGUCUAUAAUGAGCUUUCAAUGUAUGCGUAUGAUGGAUUAUGGGCAUUAGCUAUUUUGUUAGAUACGGCUGAAAAAGAGUUAGACAACUUUAGCAUAGAUUUGCUGUUAGAAAGAAAUGCAAGUAUUGUUAUGAAAUUGGCUUACUUGAUGGAAAAAAUCAAAUUUCAAGGAGUUUCAGGACAAUACAGCUAUUUGGGAAAUAAUUCAAGAGAUAGAUUUGGAGAUAUACUUUACAUUCAAUUUAGUCCAAAUGGAACCUAUAAUGAAAUUGGGUAUUUCAGUUCAAAUCUUAGAAAGGUUUAUCUUAACACUACCAAACAAAAACUGAUAAUACCAGGUUUUUUAUUUCCAAAGGAUGGACCAGUUAUUAUUGAAAUGGCAAUAGUUUACAGUUUGCCGAUGCUUAUUACAAUUUGGAUUUUUAUAGCUGCUGGUAUUAUCCUUUCACUGUUUUUUCUCUUUGCUAAUAUAAAACAUAGAAGUGUUGGACUUAUCAAACUUUCAUCACCAAAUAUCAACAGUGUCAUAAGUUUAGGCUGUAUUUUAAGUUAUUUGUCAAUUGUUCUAUAUGGGAUGGACUCAAGGAUUAUUAAAGUUGAAUGGAUUCCUUAUGCAUGUGAUGCUAUAAUUGUUACUUUGUCAACAGGGUUCACUCUUUCAUUUGGAGGUUUAUUUAGUAAAACAUGGCGCAUUUACAAAAUAUUCAUCAAGCCAAGAUCUUUAAGUUCAAGAGGUAUACGAGAUUUGCAUUUAUUUGGAAUAUUGUUUGUGUUGCUGUUAAUAGAUUUGAUAAUAUUCACUGUUUGGAUGACCACUUCACCUUUUACGCUACAUCGUUUUGAUAUGGAGCCAAUUAUAAAUAGUGCAGAAGAUAUUGUUAUUGUUCCUAAAGUUUAUCGCUGCAAGUGCAACUACCAGUAUCAUUAUUUUGUUGCUAUAUAUGUUUACAAAGGAUUUCUUCUUAUAUUUGGCUUAUUUAUGGCAUGGGAAACUAGAAACAUCAAAAUAGCUGUAAUUAAUGAUUCAAAAAAUAUAGGUAUGGCAGUUUAUAAUGUUGCUGUAUUAUCUGUUAUUGCGAAUGUUGGUACAGCUGCUAUUCAACGAACAUACUAUUUUCAGAUUGGAUAUUUAUUAUUUUCAGUCUGCGUAAUUGUUUGCAAUACACUUACACUUUUACUUGUUUUUGCACCAAAGAUUCGGAUAUUAUUGCAUGGUUGUGAAGAUCCUCAUUUUAAAAAUGGUCGACCAAGUGUAACCCCUCAAAAUUCUAUUAAAGGAUCUCACCCAUCUACCCAUAAGACUUCUUUAAAGUUAUAUAUUACAAAGUGGACCAACCCUAUGAAAAUAGUGAAUGAUAAUAAUGUUUCUAGACAAUUGCCUUCACUGACUAACACGUACGGCAGCUACAGCAAUACUACAUAUGAUGACUAGUUCAUAAGAACUGAGGUACAAUCAAUCAAUUACAACAAAGUUGUCUGAUCACAAAUAUGGAAACUUUAGAAAACCUUUUUGAAGUUUUAUAACUGUUUAACACACCACACAGCUAUUCGUUAUUUUUAACAGUUUUAAAUACAAACAUGUGGAAAAUAUGUAAUUGAUAAUGUAAAUUAACUAUGAUUAUAACAUUUCUCAUCCCUGUGAUCAUUAACUCAUCUCCUUGUGAUUAUUCGGUCAUCUCUCAUUACUAUCAUCCCUGUGAACACUGAGUCAUCUCUCAUCAGUCUCAUCUCUGUAGUCAUUUAUUAUUUAUAAACUAGGAAACUACUACAAAUUUAUUAAUAUAAUAUAAAGUAUAGGUUGGAAACCGAGUACAUUUUUUUUUGCAAAUAUACUUUUAUAGUAUGGCUUGUAAUAGAUGUAUAUUUUGAAUAUGUAUAUCAUACAAACAUGAAUAGCAAAUAUACAUUCAAAGGAUAA